AUGUGGAAAAUCGGUUUUUUUGUCACCCUGCUUCUGAUCGCGGUUGUAUCUGCUAAACCUAACCUGGGUCACGUUCGAGAUUUAUCAGGUAGGUGUUUUUCCUUACUGCGCGCGCGCGCUUUCAGGACCUAACUAUUUUCAAGCAGCACGGUCAAUUAUGUUUUUAAGAGAGAUCAACUGGUAGGUGGAAGUGCGCGAGACUGAAAAAAACAUCAAAUGAAACUUUUCUUUACAGUAAAAUUUAACUCACUUCCACUUAUUUGAUACUUACCUUUACGAUGUGAAUCUCCCAGUGCACCUUUUAGAUCAAACUAAACAGUCAACGACAUCACAGAUAAAUUUUCGUUUAAUUGGAUUGGGUCAAAAAGCUUUCAUCUGGUCAGACUCUUACAGCUACAGUGUAAAUUGACUAACACUGCUUCGUUUGAUCCAGUCGGACAGAAAGCUUACUGCAAUAACAAUCAGUUUUAGAGAAUUUAUGGGACCUUGAGCUCCAAAGAGUCGUCUAGACUACGCGCCAAUUUAUUUUUUAUUUGUUGUUUUUUUGGACAAAGCUAAAGGUCAAUUGCUGAGCAAGUAAGUCUCCAUAGUUCUCUUUUAUUUACCUCAAAAAGGCAAAGAAAAAAGAAUAAUAGGACAAGAAAACUUCGCGAUCAAACCAAAAUCUCACACUUCCCAAACUAAGGCAAUUACGGCUUCCGCUCAAAGAAGGUUUAAUUUGAUACCUUCAAACAAUCCUGAUGGUUAAGUAAGUACUUUUCUUUUCCCUUCAAAGACACCACAAGGCGAGGUUAUAAAUAUGGCGUGGAAAAUCCAGAGUCCCUGAUGUGGGAAAGAGGAUUGAUUCCACAGUAUGAAGGUGCGUACCAUUUUAGAAUACAAAAACAAAACCGUUGUAAAUUAACAUUUCUCAUUCGUUGCGCGCCUGAGCAAACUUCUACAAUUUAUGUAAAGUUGGGCGCCAAACCCUGCAAUAAUUAUGCUAGAAAUGAAGAAUAAUAUUCGCCCUGCUUCUUACGGGUGAAUGAAUAUCCGGCGGGGCCAAGAUGACCGCGUAAAAGUAAUUAAAAUAUAUAAAACAAUGUUAAUACCUUUAAAAAUAUAUAUUCAAUUAUGUAUUAAUUUAAGUCUUCUCAAAAAGGCGCCAAAACCUGUUGAUUUUGAAACGCCAAAUUCGUCAGUGCUAAGUCAUGCAAACAAACCAGUUGAGUUUCUAAGAUUGUGCCACUCCUUCUCGAUCCUUCCUCUCAGGACGUUUUGAUAAGCUUUUGGAGAAAAGAUGUAGAACAGACCGCUUCAUUUCAUAACCACAACUGGUCAUAACUGGAAACCGUGGACAAGUAGAGUCACCUCGUGGAAUGUCCACUGCUAAAUCCUUUCAUUUAUUGCCGGUUUUCAUUGUCACACCCUCAUCAAAACCAUUAAACAAAUAAAUUCAAGAUGAAUAUUCAAAUAGUCUAGCAACGAUUCAGAUCUGUGCGAUGUUUUGUGCGGGAGAUAUUCGAAGAAAUGUUUCAUUCAAAUUUACAAAGCUUUGUAUGCAGAUGACAUGUUUGUGUUCCUCUCAGUGUCACAAAUGCGGCGGCCAGAAGCUAUCAGAAACAUGUUAUCGAUUUUUGCGAUAAAAAGCCUGUAGUCGUCUUCUGAGGGCUCAUGAACAUCUAUAUAAGUAUUUUUUCCCAUACAAGGACCGUUCAGAUUUCGUAAUCUCUGCGGAUAAGUCACUUCGUUCAACGUAUAUGACAACAUUCUCGGCCACCAUUGUCAUGUCGUGUCACGCAAAAGCCUAGAAAUUCAAUCUUGCCUUAUCACAAGACGAAAAUCCCUAUCAAACUGAAAUUGUGGAAAAAAGAUAAGUCUUUAGCUGUUCUAAUGAUUAACUAAACUAAUAUCUCAAAAGGAUUGAUAAUUCCUUAUUUUUUUAAUUUUGAUGACUUCACGUGAAAAACAAGACUUGUUUAUUUUAUAACCUACUGCAAAACACUGAGGGUGGCAAAGGCGAUCCUGAUGUCAUUUCACAUACGAAUGUUUUAGAAAAAGAAGAAAAGUAUUGAAUUUGGAUGGAGAGAUGUGAAUAAUGAAAAAUAUUCCCAGAACUUUCAAAGACUAUUCUUACGUGAGAUGGAGAGUUUUUUUCCCGAUAUUUUGCCGACUCCAUUCCAUACAACUGAUACAAGAAACGCGCGGGAAGACUUAUAAGUCACAUGAUUCCAGUAAGUAAUCCGAUAACAAGAAGGUACAAAACGCGUUUAAAAUCCAAUUUUCAACACUAAAUAACGGAUUCUUCACACUCUAUUGUAGACGAUCCAGAUGUGUACAGGGACACCGCUUGGUUUUUGGACAAAAUCAUCAUGGAUGAAGGUAAGUAAGUGCAUGAGAUUCAAUUUAAACCCUCACCCGACAUACACUUCCUUAGAUAUCUUUCAGUCACCUUCGUCAAUUUUCUUUUCCUCAUAUCACGAAUUUUACUUCGAUUUUGCAGCUGAAGUAGUUCACGAGCCUGUUCCACCAGAGGUGAAGUACCGCUUUGGAUCAGGAAAAAAGCAAGAGGUAAAUUUGUUUGGGACGGGUUCAUCUUUAUUUCACCGUAACAAAUGCAAAUAGAGUUUAAAGAAAAGCAAUAACAGGUUAUUAGUGUAUUUACAGUCGUGUGCUUUGUGACCAAGCCAUCGAACAGAAGUGGUACAAAAAAUGACCAUGCUGUUGUUCUUAUUUUGUCAUUACUGCUGUUUGCUUUUUGUUGUUGUUGUUGUUGUUGUUGUGGUUUUCUUUUUUCGUGUUCUGUACUUGUCCCAGGGACACAUUACCCAACAUGCUAAGUAGUCUUUCCUUUAUUAACCAAGCGGUAGAUAUAGUACUAAGAAGGGUUACUAUGAGGGCGUGGCUCCUUUUUUCGUCUACUCUCUUUCGCUUCAUGAAAUUCCCUCAUCUCUAAACCUUCGAUAGCUUUAAGGAAGCGAAAACAACUGCUCCGCAGGGAACACAUUCCAAUCAACAUUUAUGAUUCACCGUGCAAUUUUUAUUUCUAUGUGAAACCCAGUGCGUCGAGGGAGUAAAGGUCAUACCACCACAGUGCCAGUGGAAGGGCAUGGUGAUAAUGAAAGAGAAGGUCGAGGAGUCAGCUGAACCUGCUGAAGUUAAAGAGAUUACUCUUACAGUUUCGGCAAAAUACUGCAAUCAAGCUGGGAUGAAAAAGCCUAAGCCCAAAGUGGUUGACUGUGAAGAAUAA